AUGUCAUGUAGAGCUUUACCUUUUGACAUUACUGCCUGUUACUGUUCUGCUCAAAGAGGGCAGCAAAAUAUUGAAAAUCUAGGAUCCAAGAGGACUUUGGCUCUGAAGCAUAAUACUGAGGAAGUAAUGUAUCUUACAAAUAUACAAGAUCUGAAAGGAGAAAUUAGGAGUGCUCCUGCAGUCAAUGGCUUACCAGGCAGAGAUGGAAGAGGUGGUCCCAAAGCUGACAAAGGAGAACCAGGAGAAUAAUUGAGAGGUCUACAGGGUUCAGGAAUAAAAGGCAAUUUAGGACCUCAAGGAGAGAAAGUGGAAGAAGGAGAUCAUAGAAGAAAUAAAUUUCUCAUGUUUCAUCUUGGAAGCAGGGUUAUAUGCUCUAAUGAACAGACUGAAGACAGGUUUCUGUAUCUGAAUGGAGGAGCUGUAACUUACAGAAACUGGAAUGCUGAAGAACCAAAUAGUCUAAAAAAUGAAGACUGUGCAAUAAUACAGAACUCUAGAAAAUGGAAUAACAUGAAUUGUUCAAAUUCACAUGCCUUAAUUAUUUGUGAGUUCUUGAGCUUAUGAGUCUGAGAAAACCCAAAGUUUUUGCUCUCAGUUAUGUGGCUGACAGAAGUUUGUUUCUAUAAAAGUGGCCUGGACUAAGCAGAAUUGGCCUAUAUUUAUAACUGCUAUCUCUUUGACAUUCAGUUUUGAAUCUCCUAAUAAAAAACAGAUUUAAUUUUUU